AUGCUUUACAUGUGUGUAACAUCGAUCUCUAUUGGAUUUCACAUCAAUGGAGCGGCAACAGCUCGUCAGAGCGCCUCACGAUUGCGAGAUAUCUUGGACGAGUCUCCUCAAAUCGAACGCGACUACGGUUUUGCUGGAGACAAUCCUCGGCAGUGUCUACCGGGCCCAAAAUACCGCCGCCAAAGCAUGAAGUAUAUGGGAAAAGGAGCUAUCCAUUUUCGUGACAUACACUUCAGCUAUCCCAGCAGACCAGAUGUUGAGGUUCUCAAGGGAAUAACGUUCUCCGUUGAAGCUGGUGAAAAGGUAGCUCUAGUCGGCUCCAGUGGUUCAGGCAAGAGUACUCUCACGGCAUUGUUGCUCCGAUUCUAUGACCCUGAUAGCGGGUCG